AUGCUGGCGCCCUCUGGCGUGUUGCGGUACCCGACAGAGCUGGCAGAGGAGGCAAGGCGGGACCCACCCCCUUGGCGUGCUGCAUGUGGCCAACCAUACAGACCGCGCAAAGGUGGCCAGGCUGGACCCCUCUGGCGUGGUCCACCCCAGAUCCAUCCACAGGGGGGGGGCCUCCCUCCCUGGUACAUAUAUAAAUAUAUUUGUGAGUACUAUUCACCGAGGCCUUGGAAUUUAUUGACUCGAUGUCACUUGGUUGAUGCCCCUUCUGCUACCGGUAGCACGAUGUCGAUUGUUUGUGGAGCUGUUCUUUUCUCGAGUAAUCUAUACUCGCACACGAGACGAGACCUUCUUGGUCUAGAAAGAGCUUGAAAAUGACCGCGGUCAAAAAUCUGAACAUUGGACUGGUCUGGUGGAUGUGUUUAUAGUUAACAGAAUGACAAGAACCAGAUGAAAAGUGAAAGAUAAACACAAGCUUGGCGCCUUUGUUCUAACGUUCUAAAUUUCAGUAAAAACUCGUUUGGUGGAUGUGUUUAUAGUUAACGGAAAGACAAGAACCAGACAAAAAGCCUAACAUAAACACAAGACUAAGGAGCCCCGUGCUUCUUCUUAUUUCUUCCUGCGGUAGACGUUCACAGCACUGACCGAUGACUAAUGCUCGAAAGUGCUGGGCUCUUUCUGGAUGUCCCUUCAUGAAAGAUUGAGAACACUUUCAUGCUGCAUAAUUUUUAGGCCACUGGGCGAAGGAGAAGAGUCAGACGAAGGCAGAAGUGGCAACCUCGUGGGGAGAAACGACGGAUGUUCUAAGGAAGUCAUUUCUUUGUAGAGUACUAUGGAUUGGAAUCCACUCGGAUUUGGAAAUCACAACAUCAUCACUGACUCUCUUGCACUUGCGUAGGCUAGGAUGUUGGCAGAU